UCUAUUUAUGUACAUUACAGUCCAUGUGGUCCCAUUUGAAAGGUUAUUUAUAAUUAAGUAAUUGUUAAAGAUGGAUGAUUUGGACACUCAAAGUAUUUCACGUGUUCAAGUUAAAUUCUUCACUAGACAUACAGAAUAUUCAAUUCCAGAUACAACAUAUUCGAUUCCAAGUCACGUAUCAUGCAAAGAACUUUGCACUUUUAUUAAUAAAUUACUUUCAGAUGGUUCUGAAGAAACUAAGAAAAUUGCAUUUGAUUUUUUGAUUAAUGGAGAAAUAUUAAGAUUACCUUUGCAACAGUUUCUCGAACAAAAAGAAAUUUCAUUGGAAACUGUUGUAGAAAUAGAAUUUAUUCCUUCUUAUCCUGAACCAACACCAGAAUUAAGUCUUGCUUGCGAUGAUUGGGUUAGUGCAGUGAGAGCAUGUGAGAAAUGGAUACUAACAGGUUGUUAUGAUAAUACACUUCACAUCUGGACAUCCGAAGGAGAACACAAGUUGACCAUUCCUGGUCACAUUGCUCCUGUAAAAUCUGUUGCUUGGAUUAGUAUUGAUAAUCCUGUGAGCAUUUUUGUCAGCACUUCUCAUGAUGAAACUGCAGUUAUUUGGAAAUGGAAUCAACAGAUGAAUGCCGUGGAAUGCAUUCAUGUCUGUCGGGGGCAUGCAAGGAGUGUGGAUUGCGUCGACGUCAGCAUGUGUCGGAGAAAGGUCCCAUUGUUAACUUUAUCUGGUCAUUCGGAAGCUGUGACAGGAGUGCAAUGGAUUGAUAUGAAUGAAUUAUGUUCAGCAUCUAUGGAUAACAAUCUUUCUCUUUGGGAUGUUGAAAUGGCAAGCUUAAAAUCUCAGCUGAAUGGAUCAAAGCCAUUUUUUGAUAUUUCCUAUUCUCCUCUGUCUCGACACAUAGUGUCUGCUUCUGCUGAUAGACACGUCCGUCUCUGGGAUCCUCGGAUCAAAGAUGGAUCAGUUGUUCAAUGUGCAUUUACUUCUCAUAACGGUUGGGUUUCGGCUGUUCACUGGUCUCCUGUCAGCGAACAUCAAUUUAUAUCUGGAUCGUAUGAUUCUGUUUUGAAACUCUGGGACACACGAAGUCCAAAGGUGCCAUUAUUUAACAUGCUAGGACAUGAAGAAAAAAUUCUGUGUGUGGAUUGGUCGACACCAAACAGAAUUAUUAGUGGAGGUGCAGAUAAUUACAUAAAAAUUUUUGAUUCUCGGGUGGAAGUUACCAAAGGAGAAGGAAACAGUUGAUCUUGAAGUCCGUGAUUUGAAAAUAUAAUUUAUGGAAAGAUCUUAUUUGUAAAUUUAAUAAAAUUCCAAUAAAAUAAUCUUUAGUAUUA